CUGCGUGAAAGAGUUGUUUGGUCACAUGACUCUCCCCGGCGACGAAUGUUUAUGACGGCAAAAUAGUGAUUUUACAUUUAAACGACAUGGAUUUGUGACAUCAUUUAAAGUCCAAUUUGCAGUUUUUAUACUUGCAGAAUUAUCUUUUAACAGUGGUAACUGAAAAUCAGCAAGAUGAGCCAAAUACAUGAUGGACCCCUUGCUACAUACUGUAGUCUUACAGAUAAGAAUUUGGCAGGGUAUUUUUCUAACACGAAAAUGCGACGCCAUCUCAAAAAGGCUGGACUGGUUGACAGAAGAGGACAGAUCAUAUCUGAAAACCAAUACAGACUAAACAUGGCAAGGAAAGAACACAAAAAACAUGUGAAGGACUUACUGGCCCAGGCUAUUGUACAUAAAACAUUGGAUAUAGAGAGGAACAGACAAGUAGAAAUUAAAAGGAAGUUAGAAGAAAUUGCCAAACUAGAAGUUGUCAGGAGAGUAAGGGCUACUAAAUUCAGAAAAGGUGAUGAAGAUAUAUUACCUUACUUGUCUCCAAGGUCAAGUCGACCUCAGAGUAGAUCUGGUAGAUAUCGUCCACAAAGUGCCCCGGCAGACAGACAAUAUAAUGAUAGUUAUGACGCUGACGUGAUAUAUGUUGAUGAUGAGGGUCGUCCUGUGACUCCACCCAAAGAUCUACAGGAUGAUCAUAAAAGAGAGGAGAUUGAUACCAGGCAUCUCUAUGCUCUGGACUCUGCUGCUUUGAAAAAAUAUGCUUUAACAUUGUCAAAAAUAGAACAAGGUGAAGGAAUGACAUCACCAUAUCUGAUAUCACAAGUUCCUUCUCCUCCCAGAAGUGCUAGAGGUAGUGCCAGGAACAACUACAGGGAUGCUAGGUUCAAAUCCCGCCUCCAAAGACCUAGAACAGCCAAUAGCUUGAGUCCAUACAGAAGUACUAGGACUGGAGCUGUUCAGGGAACUUUAAUGCUUCAUAGACAAGAGCCUGCUAUGAUGCAUCAAGGAGAGGUCCAGACCCUUUGUGAAGUGACGAUGAAAUAUUAUGGACCAAAUCUAAUACUGCCAAGAGACCAGAGAGACCCUACACAAGACAUUGAAAUUGAACAACAGCAUUGUGGGGGAAAUACACUUCCUGUUUUCAAGGAAAGGAUUAAACCUGGAGAUGAGUUUACAUUCAUAUCUAGAAGACACAGAGGAUAUCCUUUUAGUCUGUCUAUAUUUGUGGAUGGUAGGAUAAGUGCUCGAGUCAGUACCUGUUGUGAAUACGGCCAUGCUAAAGGAGUCAGACUAGGCGGUAAAAUGGGACAGUUCUGUCUGAAAAAUAUCACUGGUGCUACACCUUGCUACAAAUGCAAGUUGAAUGCUCAAGCUAGUCCGCGUACAUUGAAACGUCCUACUUCAAAGAAAAGACAACAGAAAGUAGAACAAAUUAAAGAGGAAAUUAUUGUUGUAAGAAAAGAGCAGAAAAACAAGGAAGAAGAGGAAGCAGAAGACAAUGUAGUGGUACCAGUAGAGGGCGCUGGUGAUGAUGACGAUGAUAAAACAAGAUCUCAUAACGCUUAUAUUAAAACUGACACAGAUUCUGAUCGCAGUGAUAACAAAAUUAAUGAUUAUAAGAAACAGAAUGAGGAUAAUUAUGAAGAUGAUGAUUUUGAAGAAGAAGAAUCUGGCAGUAAGAAAGAUAGUGGACCAGAUACCAGGAUAAAUAUUCUGGACAAAGAUGAUAUAAAUGAAAAUGACCUUGACAUUAGAGGCCAUAGAUGUGAAGAAGACGAUGAAGAUGAUUGGUCAGAUAUUGAAGAUGCAGAGGUCUCACCACCUAGAAAAGUUCGUCAAAUGAGGUCAAGUACACCAGUUGUUGGUUGGGAUGAGGAAAAGGAGGAAGCUAUUAUUAGCAGAGAGGAGAAUGAGGAUGAUGAUGAGGCUGACGGUAAGAGACAUGUCCAUUUUGACGAGGAUGUUCAAUGUAUUGCAGCAUCAGAUGAAUCUGAAGACACAUUAGGUCAGAAAGAAUCAGACAAUGCCAAAGAUAGGGACUUGAAGAAAGAAAGAGACAUUGAAACCAAAGUUGAAGAAUUUUUAGAGGAGAAUGAUACAUGUGACGAAGUAUCAGAGAUAGAGACUGACCUUGACUCUCCAAGGAGAAAGCAAGAAUCUCAAGGUCGUAUGAAAAAACCAUCAAGGGAAGUUGAUAGGGUUGGGGUAACAAGAGAAGACAAAUUAAAACGACUAAAAAAACAGGAUAAUGAGGUUUACAGCGAUGAUUUUGAUUCUGUUACAUCUUAUGUUAGUGAAUCUAGUACCAAAUCAACUGAAGUCUUUAAGGGGGAAAGCCCUCAAUCGUUGUCUUCUUCUGAAUCUUCAACUCCAAAAACUGGUGAGUACAAAAACAAGGCACCAGUAGAUGUUGUAUCACCAAUGCACAUGCAUGUUAGUAAAGUGCACGAAGAUGAUUUGCAUGAAAAUGUAGAUGUGAAAGGCGAAAAAAGUGUAGUGGUUGAAGAAAAGGGAGAUAAUUAUGAAAUAAGACAGGAAAGUGACGGAGAGGAAGACUCUAGCAUGGAGUUUAGGAAGGGAGGACCAAUGUCUAUAACAUUUAGUGAAAUGGAUAUCAUUGGGCCGCUUGCAACUCUUCUUGUGAAAGUACGAAGAAGGAAACGUGAAAAAUCAGAAAAACGAUCAAGAAAACAGAUGUUGAUUAUGAUUGAUGAAAGUGAAACAGAUAGUUCUGAUAAACCGGCUGACCAUACUCUUGUAGAUAAUAUAAGUAAACUAAGUGAUAAACUAGCUGCCUAUACGCCUGGAGAUGAUACAAGUAAAGCAAGCGAUAAACCAGUAAAUGAUAGUUCUGUCGAUGCUAUAAGUGAUAAACAAGUUGACCAUACACCAGAAAAUGCUACAAGUAAUGCAAGUGUAAAGAAAGGUACAAAGGAUACUGUUCAGGAUGAAAAACCAGUAAGUGAGACAGAGGUGAAAGGUCAGAUUAUAGAAAAUGAUGGUUCAAAAUCUGAAACUGAAACUGACAGCAAAGCUGAGAAUUCCGAUAAAAUAAUUUGCCAAGGGAGACUAAAGCCAAUAUCUAAACCAAAAUCAAGAACUUCUAAAAAAUCUCGAAGUUCAGAGCACUCUGACUCCUCUUUCUCAAGUGUAUCAAGUUUGAAUGGAUCUUCAAAAGGUACAUGUAGAACUUGCCGAAGAGAAAAGGUCAUUGUUGUAAAACCAGCACAAGCUACGAAAGAAACAUCCAUGUCAGAGGUCGAAGUUGAGACAGUUAUGAAACACAAAAUUAAACCAAAAAAAGAAUUAAUUAGCGAUCAUUUUGAUGCUGUCAUAGUCACAACACCUACUGUUAGCAUUAACAAAGAAACCGUUGUCCCACAGCAGAAUAGUAAUGUAAGAUUUGUUAAACCAAGUUAUUUACAGAGAGAGUAUGAUGAUGAUGAUGGAUAUGACCAAGUCCGUAUGAAAAAGAUAGAAGAAAGGGAGAAGAAGAAGGACCCUUCGGACGAGGAUAUUCUACGACAGUUGAUUCAGAGUACAUUUGAUGAGUCAUAUGAGGUUGACGAUGACAUCAGUGUCAUAGAUAUUGAUGAUGAUGAGCCAUCAAUUACAGAAAAAUUUAGCACUACUGAUAAAUUAUCAGAGAGCUUUGCUCAGACAGUUCACCUGAAAAAGGACAAUAUAGAUGAUGACACUAACAGUUCGAGCAAAAUGUUGACCUCAAAGGCUACCAAGCAAACUGAGUUGGAUAAUGUUCCCAAUUUAGAGAUUAUCGGAACAAAGUCCAAAUUGUGUACUGAAUUGACUGAUGAAAUUGAAGAGAUCAAAUUGGAUGAUGAUAAUAAUGAUUCUGAAAACCAAACAAACAAAAUUUCAUCUAUUGAUAAGAAGAUCGAAGAUGAUCAAAGUGUUACUAAAGACCAAAAAGAAGAACCAAAUACAUCCAUGGACCAUGAAGUGAAACUUGUUGCUGAAAAAUCAUACAGUAUUAAGUUCAAAGCAGAUAGUAUUGACGAAAUAAAUUUAGUGGAUGAUAAGACUGGAAACCAAAAAGAUAAUUCUGUAAGCCAGAAAAAUGAGAAAAUUGCUACAAUUGAUCAAACCAUACACAUAACAGCAGAUAGUUCUAUCACUGUUAAACUAGAGGCUGAAGUGUUCAAAGCAACACAAGGAAGAUCUGAGGUACCUCAGGUUAUGGUGGCAUCAGCUGAUUUCUUUGACGAAAAAUUGGUGGAUGAAAAGCAGAAUGUUUAUCUGGAGAAGAUUCAAUCUGUUAAAAAAAUACAACCUCAUAAUGGGGAGAUAACUCCAGCAGAUGAACAACAGAGUAAUGUUACCUUCAUUGAAGUAUCUGUUGCUAAACCUGGAGAGUUAGUACCAGCUGAAAAAGAUGUUAAACCUAAGGAAAAUGAAGUGACAGACAUGUUAGAUGGAAAUGAUGCUGUUGGUCAAGAAUUGUGGACUGUACCAAGACCUAUCAAAUACGCUACUAUGUUAGAGGAAAGAGAAAGGUCAAUAGACGACAGCAAUAUACCUGUAGCCAGUAGUUACAAGACUUUGUUAGAAGGUGAUGCAUAUAUACAAAAAGAGAACAAAACUGAAUCAGGAGAAACAGUACUAAAUGAAACUGGAAGUCAAUUAGUGAUACAUGAGGCUGUAGAGAAUAUGGUUGAUGUGGAACAUAUAGAAAAGGGGGAAAAGACUAAUACUAAACAAUUUAUAUAUCAGAAAUAUUCUGUAGAGAAUCAAGCUGACACUGUAGUAAUGGAAUCAGUAACUAGUUUACCAGUCAGCUCAAAAUCUUCUGUUCCAUUUGAAGAGGAUAAUUUGUCAAUAUCUUCAGCCAUUGUUGGUGAAUAUGUUCAAACUAUUAUAGCAGAAGCUAAAAAAAUAGAAGAAGCCCACACUGUUAUGAAUGACCAUGUACAAAACAUUAUGUCUGAAGCUAAGAAAUUAGAGGAAAUUCAGGUCAAAUCAUCUGUAAAUGAUGAAAUGGAUGAGGUCAUUGAAAGGAAUAACGAGAAAUUAAAAGAAAUUGAGAUAAAAUCGUCUACUCAUGAUGAAAUGAAAUCUGAAGAAAUCAGUGAAAGGAAAAAUGAGAAAUUGGAGGAAAUUGAGAUAAAAUCAUCUACUCCUGAUGAAAUAAAAUCAAAUGAAAUAGGUGAAAGGAAGAAAGAAACAAAUGAAAAUAAGGCAACAGUAACUUUGGAUGAAAGAAAAGUUGAUUCAUCUAAAGACAAUGAUGCAAUGAUGGUUGUAGAUGAAACAGAUAAAAUGUCCACUACAAGUGAAACUGACAUAUGUUCAGUAUCCUCGAGUGUCAUAGAAAGUUAUGUCAACCACGUGUUAACAACAGCCACAGAACAAACUGUUACCUAUAAAGAUGUUAGUAAACAGGCAAACAAGGAAGAUAAGGUAAUACCUUUAGCUGUUGACAUCAAACCAAGUGUCUUGCUACAGAAAGCAGAUGGUUUGAAAGAUACACCAGAUGAAACAAUGCCUACUGCUACUGAAAUAAAAGUACCUGAAUCAGAACUAAAGACAAACGUAAAAGAAGAACAAAAGGAAAUAUCUUCAGCUGUAUCAAGUUCUGAAACAAGCCCAAAUUUAGAUCUUACUACUGAUUUGAAUAAAGAUACAUUAGCACAACAAACACCGGUUUCUGAGGCUGCUAAAGAUGAAGAUUUGAGGUGCAUAGCUGAACAGCAGCAAUCAGUUACUGAAUCCACUAUAAGUCCAAAGUCUGAAUUUGAUAGUCCUUUAAAUAAUGAUUCCACUGUUAAAAUACAAGAGAAAAAUGAUGCUACUGCUGAUACCAUGUCCUUGACAUCUGUCUCCUCUAGUGUUGUCUUGGAAUAUGUAGGUAAUGUACUGGAAACUGUAAAGGGAGAGCUAACUACAGAUCAGAAGGUAGAAUUAAACCAGUCACCAGACUUUCAAAAGGAUAGCCAGUCACAUUUACUCACUCAAAAUGAUAUGCAAAGCUCACCAGUUGUCCAAUCAGCAAUGAUGUCACUGGUUGAAGAUGGAAAGACUCAGGAGGUUGACCAAUUGAAUAAAGAGAAACAGGGUGAUGUGGAAGUAUUAGUUAUCCAAUCAGAAAAGAAAUCACAAUUUGAAGAUGGAAAGACACAGGAGGUUGACCAAUCAAAUAAAGCGAAACAAGUUGAUGUGGAAGAAAAAGUUAUCCAAUCAGAUAUGAUUUUACAAGUUGAAGAUGGAAAGAAACAGACAAUUGACCAAUCACAUACAGACAAACAUGAUGAUGUGGAUGAAUCUUCAGUUUCAUCUUCUGUUGUAAUGGAGUAUGUUAAUUGUAUUGUACAUACCAUAAAGGAAGAUUUAAGUAAAAUAAACGAUAAGGAUGACAAAGAAAGUAAUAAAGUAGAACAGGAAGUUGGAAAUAAUAAAGCUGAAAAAGAGGCUGAUGUACCUGAAACACCAAGAACAGAUCUAGAGGGACAGGAAUCAGCUUUGUCUGCCCCAGAAUCACUUAAAAACAUCAGCCGCUCAGCUAUUCAGAAAGAUUCACAUUCAAAAGAGUCAAGUUUUAACAGUAAAACCAAAGAAAGUCCAUCAUCUAUAUAUACAGAACAGAAUAAGAAGAAAGAAACAAUUGUUGCUGAAAUACAUAUAAAGCAAGACACAUCUAAAGCAUGUGAAAAUGUCAAAGUAUCUGAAAAUAGCACAAAUCAAACGUCUGAUGUUUGUAUUGUGGGAAAGGAACCAAUUUCUCCAGCUAGUAAUAAAAAUACAGAAGGAACUGAACCUAAAAAUGAAAGUACAAAAAUAUUAAAAACAGAAACAAGUCCAGUAACUUCAAAACAGGUAGACAAAAAGAUUUUACCUGACGACAAAAUGAUAACUGAAGCUGUUAAUGAACAUAUCUAUAGUGAUGAUAGCGAUGAGAUGAGAGCUGUAGAGGUAGCCGUGUUAGAAACUGGCAUGGUGGGAAGUCUGGCAGCCAUUAUACACAUGGACUCUAGUUCUAAUGAGUCCUUUAAUGGUACUAUUUCGCCAGUGGAUAACAAGAGUGUUUCUGAUAUUAGAGGUGUAAACAAAGAGGAGAAUCAAAUAAAACCUGAGGAGAAAAAUCAUGAAAAUAUUGUUAAAGAAACAGCUGAAGCAACACCUAUUUCUGAAAGGAAAACAAUGGAAACACCAACCACUGAUACUAAAUCUGCAGAUAAACCUAUCACUGAAACAAAACCAGUAAAUACAUCAACCAUUGAAACCAAACCAGUAGAAACACCAAUCACUGAUACAAAACCAGUUGAAACAACAACCACUGAAACAAAACCAGUGGAAACACCAACCACUGAAACAAAACCAGUUGUUGAGCCAUCUACUGAAUCUAAACCAGUAGAUUCACAAGACACUGAAACCAAACCAGAAGAUACACCAACGAGUGAUACUAAACCAGUAGAUUCAAAAGUCACUGAAACCAAACCAGUAGAUACACCAACCACUGAAACAAAAUCAGAAGAUAAACAAAGCAUUGAAACUAAACCAGGUGAUACACCCAUCACUGAAACCAAACCAGUAGAUACACCAACCACUAAAACAAAAUCAGAAGAUACACCAUCCACUGAAACUAAACAAGUUGAUACAACAAUCACAGAAACUAAACCAGUAGAUACACCAACCACUGAAACCAAACCAGUAGAUACACCAACCACUGAAACUAAACCCGCAGAUACACCAACCACUGAAACCAAACCCGUAGAUACACCAACCACUGAAACAAAAUCAGAAGAUACACCAACCACUGAAACAAAAUCAGAAGAUACACCAACCACUGAAACAAAAUCAGAAGAUACACCAACCACUGAAACAAAAUCAGAAGAUACACCAACCACUGAAACCAAACCCGUAGAUACACCAACCACCGAAACAAAAUCAGAAGAUACACCAACCACUGAAACUAAACAAGUUGAUACAACAAUCACAGAAACUAAACCAGUAGAUACACCAACCACUGAAACCAAACCAGUAGAUACACCAACCACUGAAACUAAACCCGCAGAUACACCAACCACUGAAACCAAACCCGUAGAUACACCAACCACUGAAACAAAAUCAGAAGAUACACCAACCACUAAAACUAAAACAGUAGAUACACCAACCACUGAAACUAAACCAGUAGAAACACCAACAUCCGUAACAAAACCUGAAGAUACACCAAUCUUUGAAACAGAAUCUGUUGAUUCAUCAACCACUAAAACUAAACCAGUUGAUGUGCCGACCACUGAAUCUCAAUAUGUAGAUACACCAACAACUGAAACAAAACCAGUAGAAACACCAACCACUAAAACUAAAACAGUAGAUACACCAACCACUGAAACAAAAUCAGUAGAAACACCAACCACUGAAACUAAAACUGUAGAUAUAAGAACCAAUGAAACUAAAUCAGUAGAAACACCAACCACUGAAACUAAAACAGUAGAUACAAGAACCAAUGAAAAUAAAACAGUAGAAACAUCAACCACUGAAACUAAAACAGUAGAUACACCAACCACUGAAAUUAAAACAGUAGAUAAAUCAAUUGCUGAAACAAAAGCAGUAGAUAAAACAAUUUCUGAAACAAAAUCAAUAAAUACACCAAUUUCUGAAACAAAAGCAGUAGAUAAACCAACCACUGAAAAUAAGCAAGAAGCUGCACAAAACACUGAAAUCAAACUAGCAGCUACAACUGGAAGCAAUACACAAAUUAUUAAGGCGAAACAAGCUGUGAUACCAGUGACUGAAACAAAACCAGUAGAAUCUGGUAAUAAUGAUUCAAUUGUUCUUGAUGCAAGGACAAUAGGAAUUGUUGAAGUACCAGAAAUUCCAGCUAAAAUAGAACCAGUUUCAGAACAGGGAACUACUUCAUCAACUGGUAACUUUGUAGAAUCAACUAUUGUUGAGGUAGGGAAAAUAGGAAUUACUGCAGUACCAGAAGUAUCAGCAAAUGUGGAUCAAAACCAAGACAAGGGAACCAGUGCAUCAUCUGGUAAUAUUAGUUCAGUUAUUGUUGACGCUGGAAAAAUUGGAAUAGUGGCGGUACCAGAUGUUUCAGAUAUCAAAGAACCAGUUUCUGAACAGGAGAAUAGUUCACACAUCAUUGAUUCUGUUGUUGUAGAGGCAGGCAAAGUCGGAAUCAUUGCAGUACCAGUUGCAACAGAAAAUGCAGAACCAGUUCAGGAGCAAGAAUCAAGUAAUCAAGCUGGCUCCUCUGUUGAAGCUGCAUUAACUGAGGCAGGAAAAGUGAUAGGUAGUGUUGUACACUUAAAUGCAGAUGAUAUUUCUGAAACUGUUGUGAAUGAAUCAGCAUCAUCCAAUGAAAAGACAGUUCACAGUGUUAUUGAGAAUAUUGUAAUAAGUUGUGAGAAAAUAGCUGCGGGGGUGGUCCAUAUUGAUGAAAAAGGUAGUAAUGUACCAAGUACUAAUGACAAAGAGGAAUCAAAAGAUGUAACUGUUCAUCUCUCUCAUACUGAUGUGACCUUCAAAGAAAAUGAAACAGUCCAGCCAGUGCAAUGCUCUUCACCUAAAACACAACAAAAUGAUCCUUUUGAAACAAAAACUGAUACUGCCAUACAAAAUGAUACAGUUGAGCAAGUAACAUCUGUGAAUUCUGGAAACUGGACUGUAGAUAUUGCUGAAGAAAAUUGUGGACAGGAAGUUAAUCCAGAUACAAAAGGGGAAAUAACUCAUGUACCUGAUAUUGUUGUUACCUGUCCAAAUAAUCCACCAAAUGAGGACUGUAUUGUUCAAAUCUCAGAUAAAAAACAAGUCAAUACAAAAACUUCUGAAAAUACAGAGGACAAUUCAAAUGUUUCAAAACAAAUUGAUUCACAAGAUUUGCCAAUAAGUGUUGCUAAAGAGGAACACAUUGAAACAAUUGAUAAUCAAUCACAACUACCAGAUCAAAAACUGGAAACAAAUGCUGAAACAGAAGAGGAAAUGAUAACAGAAAAAUUUGAGUCAGAUGUUGAAUUUGAAAAGUCAACCUUGGAUAUGAAAAAUUCAGAACAAAUUGAUAAAAUUGGUCUAGAGACAAAAGAACAUUCAGAAAUUCAGAAGGCUGCCUCCAAAGAGUUAGAGAAUGGGUCAGAGAUUAAAGAAGCUGCCUCUGAUGGCAUUAAAUCAGAGAAUAGGUCAGAGAUUAAAGAAGCUGCCUCCGAUAGCAUUAGAUCAGAAGAUGAUGAAGAAGUAUCAGCCAUCUUAAAUGAAAUUGAUGAUAAUCUAAGCAGUCGUGAGAAGACGAAAUUAACUGAGGCUUUGAAAGAAAACAUUCAAUGCAAUGAUGAACAGAAAGAAGAGAUGAAAAUAUUGACAAAGAAAGACCUUGAGGCAUUAUUAGAAAGUGAUGCUGAAUUAUUGAUUGACAAACAGACUAUGAAAGAAAUUAAGUCUGCUGCUUAUGAUGUAGAUGUUAUGUCUACCAUUUCUGAAGUCACAACAGACUCAGUCACACAAAAAAAAUACAAAGAUGAUUUUGAAUCUGAUGGAGAGACAAAGCCUAAAGGAAGAAGGUCAAGUUCAAGUUCAUCCAGUUCCUCGUCUUCAAGGUCAAGAUCCAGGUCACCACCACCAAGAUCUCACACCCCUACACCAAAGACAAAACAAGUGAAUGAUAGAGAGAUUUAUGGACUGAGAGCAGAUGAAGAUACGAAGAAAGAUUUGUCAGAUGAUGAAAGAUCAGAGAAAGAUAAACCUGUGAAGCUCCAGAGUUAUUCUGACGAAGAUGAACAGCCAGACAGUAAGAAAUGGAUUCAACGUGAACCAGUUCCUCCUCCGAAGAGACAAGAUAGCACCAGUAGCAGUAGUAGUAGCUCUAGUGCUAAAAGUAGAGACAGUCAGAAACAGAUAAAAGAAGAAAGAGAUAAAGUAAUAAGAGUAGAUAGAAAGAGAGAAGCAAUGAAAGAAGAGAUAAUUACGAGAGAAGAGAUAAAAGAAGAAAGAAAGACAGUGAUAAAAGCUGCCGUUGUGACAACACAAAGUGAACCCAAUGUUGAGAGAAGUGCAGCAAGGAGGUUGUCAUCAUCGUCUUCUUCUUCUUCUUCCUCAUCAUCAUCUACUGAUUCAAGAAGGGGAAAAUUCAAGAAGCAAUUGUCUAGGGAAGAGAUAAGAAAGAAAGAUCACCAAAGCAGUAUUGAUCAACGAAGAGAAGAGGAGAGAAAAAAAGAGGAAGAAGCUAGAUUGAAAGAAGAACAGAAACAAUUAGAAAUAGAGAGAAAAAGACGGGAGGAAGAUGAAGAAAGAAGAAGACAUGAAGAAGAAUCUAGGGUAAGAGAAGAAAAGAGGCUGGCUGAUCAGAAAAGGAGAGAACAAGAGCUGGAAGAGGAGAGAAGGAAGAGAGAAGAAGAAAGACUAGAAAAAGAAAAGAGAGAUCUUUAUGCUAAGAGGAAACCGAUUGAAAGACUAGAUUCUACUCCUAGAAUGGAUUAUAUUCCAGAGGCACCCAGUUACUCUAAAAUGUAUGAAAAAGAUGUUGAAGCAGCUAAUAGACAGGUAGAGGCAGAGAAACAGAGAGAUGCUGUGAAACAAAAGUCAACAAGGAAUAGAAGAAGCAGCGACUCUAGUAGUGCGUCAGAGAGAUCUACGCCAAAGCGUGUUGCUUCACCAAAGGUUAGUCGUCCAGCAUCAUCCAGCUCUAGUAGCAGUGAUUCUGAUACAGACACAGAGAAAGAAAAAGGUUCAAAGGUCACACCUCCAAGGACUCCAUCUCCAGCUAAGGUCACACCUCCAAGGUCAAGGACUGUUUCAUCUAGUUCUAGUUCUAGUAGUGAUACAGAGACAGAAACUGAUGCUGAGAAAAAGGUGGUUAAAUCAAUAACCCCUGCUUCAACUCCCAAAAAGUCAUCAGAUAGUUCUAGUAGUGAAACUGAAACUACUACAGACACCGAUCAAAAAUCUCCCAAAUCUAUCACUCCACCCGAGACUAAAGCUAUAAAGGAAGAAAAGGAAUCAAGUUCUAGCAGUUCUGAAAGUGAAAGUAACAAUGAAAAAACACCGAGGGCUAUUACACCCCCUCGUCCUGGUAGCACUCUACCACAUCCAAUAGAGGCUAAUGUUGUUACUACAAAAACUGACGAAUCAAGCUCAAGUUCUGACAGCGAAACUGAAACGGGUACUGAGACUGGUACGGCCACAGAGACUGAAACUGAUAAUGAAAAACUUAAAAAGGAAACAGAACAACAAAAACAGAAAUUAUCUGUUAUCCAGGAAAAGGAGAAAAAGAGCACUACUAAUAGCUCGAGUAGUUCUAGUGGAACCAGUAGCAGUGAAACAGAGACUGAAACUGAUAGGAGUCAGAAACAGGUACCAGUUCAGAACACUGAGGAAGUACAAAAAACAGAAGUAGUACAGAAAACAGAACCGGUACAGAAAAAAGAGGAGAAAAAAGACACGACAACAACAACAGAUGAUUCAUCUAGUGGCUCAUCAUCUGAUUCCUCCUCUGAUUCAUCUGACAGUGAAGAUGAAGAUAAACAAAAGACUGCUGAAAAAAUGAAAGAAAUCCUAACCAAAGAAGAUGUUCCAGUUAGUGAAGCGCCACCUGUUGACAAUCAAGAGAAGAUAAUCAAUGAAGAACCAUUUAUCAGUGAAAGUGAAGGGGAACAGAUGAAAGCUACAACAAUAUUUGCCAGUGAAAGUGAAGACGACAAUAUGCAUGGAGGUAACGACCCUGACAACUUGGCUACCAGUCACACAGAAGUGAAAUCUACUCUGACCAAGAUUGGUAUUAAUCCACCUCAGUUAGUGGAAGGAUCUAUUUUAUCUUCAAUUGAAGGCAAGAAAGAUUUGGAAGUCAACAAUAUUGCCUUAAGUAGUUCACAGGUAACAGAAAUUUGUGAUGUCCUAUCUAAGGGAGAUAAUUUACAAUCUGUCUGCCUAAGGAAUUCUGGGAUUGAUGAUGAGAAGUUUACAGCCAUAGCUGAUGCCAUGAAAACUACAGAAUCUAAACCACUGAUGUUGAACUUUAACCUUAACAAGUUGAGGUCUGGGUCUGCAGACAAGCUGGUAGAAGUUUUAUCAGGCAAACCAUCAAUACAAAUACUUCUGUUACAUGGCAAUCCUCUUGGAGAUGAUGGUGUGAAGCAGUUAGUUAAUGGUAUCCUUGACAUCAAACAGGCUUCUAAUCAAAACAAAAUGGAAGAACAGGAAGUAGAUGGAGCCAAAACAAGGGAGACAACCAAACAUCAUGUACUGAGGGAACUGGAUUUAGGAGAUACAGAGAUCGGAGAUGAAGGAAUGGGGCAUGUUGCUCAUCUUCUGGAAAACGAUUCUGGUUUGACGACUCUGAACUUAAAUGGAAAUUCAAAAGUCUCAUACACCGGCUGGAAAAGAUUGUCAAAAGCUUUAAAAAGGAACAGAACUCUUCAAUCAUUAACCCUUGAUUUCAAUAAGAUUGGGGAUGAAGGAGUUGCUGCCCUUGUCAAUAGUUUGAAGAUCAAUACCAAUCUACAAACACUUGACCUUGAGUCAACUGGUAUCUCUGAUGAAGGAGGACGGCUGCUUAUUGAUCUGGUUAAAUGUAACACCACCAUUUUAGAUAUCACUGUCAUGCCAGGAAAUAAAAUCUCUGAGAAAACACAGGAAGAGAUUCGGAAUUAUCUUGGACUUAAUAAAGCGGCUAGCUCAGACAAAAUGGUGUCUUCUCUGAAGUAGUAUCUCCGAUAAAACACAGAAGAUUCUGAACUACCUUGGACUUAAUAAAGCAACUAGCCCCAGACAAAAUGGUGUCUACUCUCAAAUAAGACUUGUGACUUUUGCCUUAAUGUGAAGUUUUGCCAAAACAUUAGAUAUGAAAUAUUUUAUUGAUAUUUCUUGCUUAUAAAAGGUAGUGACUAAUCAAAACAAGAUAACUUGGUUCAUUUGAUUUGCAGUAAUUGUAAAUCUAUUAGGAAUAUGUUUACCCUUAAGUUUUAACAAAAGUCUUGUCGUGCCACCAUCUCUAUCCAUGACUGAUUGUUACUUUUGGUGCAUAUAAACUAUCUGUUAAGGCCACAUGAACUAUACAGAGAUUUUUGCAAGACAUAUUACUUUGGAUGGUGUAGCUGUUGGCACAAAAUAUUUAUAAUUUCAAAUUUUUGAAGAAAAAAGUGUUAAAAUAUAGUUAUUUAGGUCAAAGGACAACAUUAUAAGAAUUAUAAACAGAAAAGAUUUGUUAUAAGGAUGUAGCAUGGUCAAGACUUUGGUGUUGGUAGCUUUGGCUUUAAUUGUUUUAGCUACAUGUAGAAACUAGUCAUCAUUUUAUAGGUUUUAUGUAUAAUUAAUUAAGAUUAUGAGAAUUUUAUAAAGUACUGUAAAUUCAGAAAUUAUUGCAAAAAAUGUGACAGGGUUAUAAUCACAAUGAUUAAACUUGCAUUUCGAAAUAUUUUAUAUUAAUAAAAGGAUUUUUCGCAAUAUCGCAAAAUCUCAUUAUAUUAUGAAAUGACAAAAUUGCUUUUAUAAUUAAUGCACAUAAUAAUUUCUGAAUUUACAGUAAUAUGUUUUUGAUUUAUAUUCUUAAGGAGGUACACUAUUUAAAGGACUUAAAGAACUUAGAAAUGAAUGUAUAUUAUUGAAAGAUGUCAAAACAUUCUUAGCAAAUGACAUUUAUUAUGUUUAGUAUAUGAUAAGUAAUAUUGUAAUAUUGUAUAUACUGGUUCUAUUCUGUUAACUGGACUAAUAACAAAAAUCUAUAUAUAAAGUCUUUAAUUGUAUGGUACCUCCUAAAAUCCUGUUCAUGAAUUGAAUCUGUUCCCAUGAAAACUUGAUUUAUAACAAUAGAGAUAACUUAUAAAAUUCCAACAAUUUUAAGGCAACUUUUGGAAGUCUGAAAACUGUUCAUGAAUGUUAUAUUUCAUUCCAACACUGCGUCAGUUUAUAUUUAUUAUACAACUUUUUUAUAUAUUUAUGAAUUAUAAGUUUCCGUCCAGAAUUUAUAAUUUUUUAUUUUUACUUUUACUUUUUAUGUUAAUCAUGUUAAUAAUAGAUAUAUUUUUAUCAUUAAAUAAUGCUAGAUAGGGAGAAUAAGUUUUACUAGGUUUUAAUAUAUUUAUGAUAACCAGAUAGCGUCUUAACUCAAUGCAGUGAAAGUUUCAAUACUCCAUUAAUGGAAUUUAAGGUUGCAUUUCUUUUUUUUUUCAUAAAAUAUGUACUUAUUUUUUAAAUAAAUUGUCCUUGUAGGAUUUCUAUUGACAACUAAGGUAUGAAAUGUUCUGCUGAGCUAAAUUGUAUUCCAGAAAAUGUAUUUUAAUGUACCUUAUUUUUAAUCAUACCCGUCCACAAAUAUUUCUGAUACAAACUCAAUAUAUUGUAAAUUUUACUUUAUUUUUUAAUUGUACCCAUCUACACACAUUGCUGAUACGAACUCAAUAUUUUGAAAUAUUGACCUCAUUUUUAAUCGCACCCGUCCACAAAUAUUGCUGAUACAAACUCAAUGUAUUGUAAAUUUGCUCAUUUAAAAAAAUGAUUGUGAUAUUUUUCAUUGAUAAAAACAAGGUUGUGAUUUGUGAUUUUAUUUUUAUUGAAAUAACUUUUAAUUAAGUUUUGUUUAUUUAUAUUUUAAAUCUUAUAUAGAGAUAUUUAUAUACAAUUUGUAAAAUAAAUUGAGGGUUGUGACUUGUUUGCUGUUCAAAUUGACAUGGAAGGUUUCUGAUGUUGACCUUGUUAUUGUAAGUUUUUGAACUCUAGUUUUUUGGCUCUGAAUACAUUACAAAAAAAAUAUUUUGAAUUGUUACAACACUAAUGUAUAGUUUAAAAGAAAGAUUUUUUUUAAUUUUGAAUCAAUUUUUCAUGCCUCAAAAUGAAAUCUCACUCUGAUUUCCCCAACACAAUAUAUUUUGGAAGAAUACACUAAUUGAAAAAAUAAAAAUGUGCAAGAAAUGAUUUAUAUUUAAAACAAGAAAAAAUAUUUGGAAUAUUUUUUCCACUAUUUUAAUAUAUCAGUCAGUUUUAGCUGAGAUUUAUAAUCAUGAUUGACAUUGCAACUCAUUUAUUGUCUAAUUAUAUGAAAGUUAUAUAUAUUUUUCUGUUUGAUUAUGUGAUGUAAAAUUAAUGGAAAUUUGAGCCAAAUACAGUAAUAAACAUUCCUGAUUCUUUAUUUGUAAACAAUAUUUGGACAUUAUGCUGAAGUAUUUGUUGUGGAUGCUAUAUAUUUUGUUAUAAUAUCACAUAAUGAACUUUUUUGUUUGAUUUAUUACAGGGUUGUGUAAGCUACAAUGUAAUAAUACACAUUUUACAUUUAACAUUUUGCAAUUUACUUUAAAGAUUUCGAUUUUGAGAAGACUCCAUGCUUUCAUUUUAUUAGCUAAGCAAUUAUUUUUUAAUGUUUUGAAAUUAAUAAAUUUUUUAAAUUAAUGAAAUAUUUUUGAGAAAAAAAUGUGUUUUACUUAAUAUUUUCAUCAAAAUUAUAUUCUGAAGUAACUGAUUUGUUAAGAUUAUAAAAAGAAAUCAUUUUUUUUUUCAUUUUCGUAAACAUGUUAAAGUUAUUUUUCCAUUUGAUUAUUUUUACAUUUCACCUACAUUUAUCAUGUUUAUAUGACUGAUAAUGUCAAAUAAUUGAUAAAAAGUUAUCAUAUAAUAUUUCUCUAAUUUUUGUACUAUUUUCACAUUUCCUGACCGGUGUGAGAAAAAUAUUUCUUCUCACUAGUGAAGAAUCUGUUCUCGGCAAAUGAUUAGUCGAAAUUUGAUUAUGAGGUAAAAAUGUUUUGUUUUCUUCUCAAUUUUCCUAUUGUGACGUCAUGAAAAAAGGCGACAUUGUCUGAUGACGUCGCAUAUCAAUAGCACAAUUUUCUGCAAAUCUUUGAAAAAGAACGAUUAAAGCAUUAGAGAUACAGAUUCCGACACUAUAACUCGGGUAUUACGAUAUUUCUCCACUCUCGACAGUCACAUUUUAUUAUUUAAAGGGCUCGGCAAGCCUGGCGCUUUAAAUAAUAAAAUUUAACUGUCUCGAGUGGAGAAAUAUCGUAAUACACUUGUUGCAGUGUAAGAAUCUAUAUUUAUACACCAGUUGUACUAAAAAAUCUUAUAUGAGUUGAAAUUGUCAGUUACAUGGAAUGAAAUGUGGAUCAUGUGAAAAUGAUAUAAAAUUGAUAUGAGUUGAAAUUGUCUCUACUUUAAAUCAAAUGUGAUUGUAUUUUCUGUGAUAACAACAUUUCUGUUGAUUGAAAUGUAGUGCCAGAUGUUUUGUCUGUAGAUUAAAUAUAAAGUUUAUAA